AUUCUGUUUGCCAAUUGUGCUGAAGCUUAGCGCGCGCCCGAGAGAGAGAGAGAGAGAGCGAGCGAGCGAGAGAAGAGUGGAGAAAUGUCGCAUACUAUUUUGCUGGUGCAGCCGGGCGCACGUCCAGAGACUCGCACAUAUUGCGACUAUGAGAGCGUCAACGAGUGCAUGGAGGGCGUCUGCAAGAUCUAUGAGGAGCAUCUGAAGCGGCGCAACCCGAACACCCCGACGAUCACCUACGACAUCAGCCAGCUGUUUGACUUUAUCGAUACCCUAAUUGACAUUAGCUGUUUGGUCUAUCAGAAGAGCACCAACACGUAUGCGCCCUACAACAAGGACUGGAUCAAGGAGAAGAUCUAUGUGCUGCUGCGCCAGGCCGCGUUCAGUCCGAAUGCCUAAAUCAAAAUCAGCCCAAACCAAAUACCAACAACAACAACAACAACAACAACAACAGCAGCA